AUGCAGAGAGCCAACUAUGGGCAGUCGCCUCCCCUGCAUCACCCUGUGCCGCAGCACGUAUCGACGGUCCCCCAACUCAGAUCGCCUCCCCCUCCUCCGGGUUCCGCGCAGUCGCAACAAGGCUAUGGCGGCAAUCCCUAUCAGCAACAGGGCGGCGGCACGGGCAACGUUUUCGGCGCCUAUGGCCAGUUCAUGAAUGAUCCCACCGCCCAGGUUGCCGCCCAGUUCGGCCAGACGGCUUUCAAGCACGGCCAAGAAUAUGUCGAGCAAAACAUCGGUCGCUAUGUCAAUGUCUCGGCUCUCAAGCAUUACUUCAACGUCUCUAACUCCUACGUCAUCAAUAAACUCUUCCUCGUGCUCUUUCCCUGGCGACACAAGCCAUGGGCCCGAAAGCAGGCCACGGCAACCAAUGGCCAAGAGGGCUGGUACUUACCCCCACGGGAAGACAUCAAUAGCCCCGACAUGUAUAUUCCAGUCAUGGCCAUUGUGACCUUCAUCCUCCUCUCAACUCUCAUUGCCGGACUACGAGGCGAUUUCCAACCCGAGCUUCUCGGUUACACUGCAACAAAAGGACUGGUCGUCGUCAUCGUCGAAAUUAUCGCACUGAAGCUCGGAUGCUACCUUCUGAGCAUCUCCAGCCAGUCUCAGCUUUUCGAUUUGAUCGCCUACUCCGGCUACAAGUUUGUUGGCAUCAUUGCCACUAUUGCCGUUGCGGAAAUUGUCAACGGCGGCAAGGGCACUGGCGGUUGGGUCGGCUGGAGCAUUUUCCUCUACACCUUUCUUGCCAACUCUCUUUUCCUCAUGCGAUCUCUGAAAUAUGUUCUGCUUCCUGAGAGUGCCGGCAGCAACGGUGGGCCUAUGCAAACCGACUCAAGGGCGAAGCGCAACCAGCGAACUCAGUUCCUCUUCUUUUACUCAUAUAUCGUGCAGUUCUUCUUUAUACCCUUCAUCUCCCUAUUUUGCCUCACCCAUGAGAAAUUCUUGUCGACUCUUUCCCUCGUCCUUCCUGGAUCUACUUCAGAAAUAAACUUUGACCCGGACUAUAGUAGCGCUAUGCCUUCUCCAAUUGUGGCAGCGACUAUACAAUCGGCCGGUCUCGGCGUCCUCUGCAGCAUCCUGGCGCAGUGCAUCACGGCCUAUAGGCAAGAGGAGCCAUUCUCGAUCGAUUGGAUCCCGGUGUUUCAAUACUUGCUCUUCAACGUGAUUAGCACGCCGCCCAACUUUUUAUGGCAAGAAUUGAUCGAAGCCUCUUUCCCCUCGCAUCCGAAGCCUGCGGCUCGUUCCAAGAAGACAGACGACAAGCCCGCGCCACCGGCUUUGUCCAAGCGCAACACAGCCAUCAAGUUCCUCCUGGACCAAACCGUCGGCGCCGCCGUCAACACGCUGCUGUUCAGCACCUUUACGCGAUCCCUCCGCAUGGCAAGCGCUCAUGCGCCGCGCGUUACCAACGUAUAUAAGGCCGUCAGCUACUGGGUCAGCCCGGGCGCUGUCGACUUCUCCCUCGUCGACUUUCAGGUCGUGUGGGCAGAGGCCAAGGAGGAAUUUUGGCCCCUAGUCGCGGCGGGCUACAAGCUUUGGCCGGUUGUUUCGCUCGUCAACUUUACACUGGUCAGGUCUGUGCAGGGACGGAACUUGGUCGGCGCGCUGGCUGGGCUUGUCUGGGGCAUUUAUAUAUGUUUGUUUUCCGCAAAUUGA